GAAAACGCAUAAAAUGAACAACAAUGGCGACCUCCUGUGGAAGUUGUUGCAAAAUCGCUCCUUCGAUUUUAAACGCAGACUUGUCAAAUCUAGCGUCAGAAUGCCAACGAUUCAUUGACUGCGGCGCCGACUACUUACACCUGGACGUAAUGGAUGGCCAUUUUGUUCCCAACCUGACGUUCGGACACCCUGUCGUCAAUUGUCUCCGCCCUCAUAUCCCCGGAGUUUUCUUGGAGAUGCACAUGAUGGUUUCAGAACCAGAAAAGUGGGUGGAGGAUAUGUCUGGUGCAGGGGCUGAUAUGUAUUCUUUCCAUUACGAAGCCACCUCAGACCCGGCUCACUGCAUCCGCAUGGUCAGGGAGUCUGGGAUGAAAGUUGGCCUGGCGGUCAGUCCAGAUACGCCCGUAGAUGUGGUGCUGCCGUUCGUGGACACGGUUGACCUCAUCCUCGUCAUGACUGUGAGGCCGGGGUUCGGUGGACAGAAGUUCAUGGUCGACUGCAUGUCCAAGGUGAAGUUCUUGAGAGAGAAGUUUCAUAACAUGGAUAUUGAGGUUGAUGGCGGAGUCGGUCCAACCACCAUCCACGAAUGUGCUGAGGCUGGAGCAAACGUGAUCAUUUCGGGAAGUGCGCUGGUGAAUAGCGACAACCCGAGACAGACCAUCAACUACAUGAGAAACAUAGUUAACGAAGCUAUCCAGAAAGGAAGUUUGGAAAGAUAGCUGGAGACUUUAUAUUUCUAAACUUUGGGUUUCUCUUAGAUCAGGCAUCUAGCUGGUUUUGAUAACAUGCUUUUUGGUUUUGUAAAACACUAUCAAUAAUUGUUAAAAUUAAAAUGAGGUAUUUA